CCAUCAUUAAUGUUAUAUAAUUCCCUCAUCAUAGACAGUUGACCAGAAUGAAAGAUUUAUAAGAGAGGUUUCUACUGGAGUGAGAUGGUUUAAUCUUUAAAGGAAAUGGAGAGCCAAGAAGAAAUUUUGGAGGGCAAUAGAGAGAGGGAGAGAGUUCCAACAUACUGUGUUACUGGUGCAACAGGCUAUAUUGGGUCUUGGUUGGUUAAGACUCUCCUUGACAGAGGCUACAAGGUUCAUGCCACUAUCCGAGAUCCUGCAAAGUCAUUAUACCUAUUAUCCUUGUGGCCGAGCAGUAACCGGUUGAGAUUGUUCCGAGCUGAUUUGCAAGAAGAAGGGAGCUUCGAUGAGGCUGUAAAAGGCUGUGAUGGUGUGUUUCACGUGGCAGCUUCCAUGAAAUUUAGUGUUCUUGCAAAUGAAGACAUAGAGACUUAUGUUCAAACAAAUAUCAUAGACGUUACAAUCAAAGGAACCUUAAACCUUCUUAAAGCCUGCUUGAAAUCGAAAUCUGUGAAAAGGGUUGUCUUCACAUCUUCCAUUAGUACUAUCACUGCCAAAGACAACAGUGGCAAUUGGAGACCUGUUGUUGAUGAAUCUUGCCAAACUCAUGUUGAUCAUGUGUGGAAGACAAAAGCAAUCGGAUGGGUUUAUGUCCUUUCGAAGCUUCUAUCGGAGGAAGCAGCAUUUAAAUUUGCAAAUGAGAAUGGUAUUGAUCUUGUAUCAGUGAUAACAACUACCGUUGGUGGCCCAUUCCUCACUUUUGAUGUCCCUUCGAGCAUUCGAGUUCUCUUAUCACCAAUAACAGGUGACCCUGAGUUCUUUGGGAUAUUGUCUGCCGUGAACACAAGGAUGGGGUCGAUUUCUUUAGUUCACAUCGAAGAUAUAUGCAGUGCCCACAUGUUCCUCAUGGAGCAUGCUAAAGCAGAAGGUCGAUACAUAUGCUGUGCCCAAAAUUGUAAAAUGCCCAAGUUGGUUGAGCUCCUAGCUGAGGAGUACUCCAGCUCACAUAUUAGGUCGGUGGAGAAUGAAAACGAUUUAGUACCUCCUGAAAUUUCUUCGAAGAAGCUAAGAAAUUUGGGUUUCAAUUACAAGUAUGGAGUAGAAGACAUAAUACAUCAGACAAUCACUUCCUGCCUAGAUUAUGGCUUUCUAUCUCAAAAUGUUGAGUAAUGUUUUUUGCUAUAGUUAAAAAAAUUGAACUUUUGAAAUAAAAAGAUGUAACUUUAUUGUUGGUAGAAAUAAAUCAAAGAGAAAAAUCAAAUGAUCAAAUUCAAGCUUGAUAUUGGUAUGUGUAGUUUUCUGAUAUCCCAGUUUAAAAAAAUUCAAAGCUAUUAUUAAUGAUCGGAAUAUGUGGGCCUGGAUUCAAAUUGAUUGUAAACAUGAUUUGCGGUUAUGA